AUGGAGGCUCCGGGCAACGUCCCAUCUAAUCUUUGGGAUAUUGCGAGGAAGCGAUUGACACAUGACGAGGAGGCUCAGCUUGCCAAAGUGGUUGUUGAAAACAACACUCUUUCUCAGCAGCUCCUCGAGCUGGUAUAUGCGAAACAACAACAAUGCAUGGAUCGAAGAUUGAAGUUCAAACGCUCAAACGGCGAUGUCAUCGUACUCAGAGACAUCUUUGAGAAGGUGGUCAAAUGGCUUCAAAAGUUCAAGGAGGUCGGCGAUGUCGCGACCCAGUACGACCCCGCCCACGCCGCACUUCCUUGGGCCGGAGUGCGGAUGCUGCUUCAGAUAGCAAUCAACGAUACGGAGACUCUUGGUGCCAUUGCAGAGGGCAUCGAGACGAUUUCCCACCUCAUAGCUCGUUGCGCCAUUUACGAGGGGCUAUACCUUACCCCGCGCAGCUUUCCAUUACGACAACCCCACACCAUGCUCCGUGAUGCUUUGGUGUCACUAUACGCAGUCAUAUUGGAAUGGCUUUCGAAGGCUGGUGUGUACUACGCCAAGCCAAAAGAGCAAGCGGUGCUCCAACUCGCUACCGCCAUACAAGACCAAACGGUUUCGACAAUGGCCGGUGUAUUGGAGACUAUGGACGCAAACUUCAUUUCUUUGUUGGCUAUUUUAAAAGAUUUGGAGCAGCCAAUCGUGAGAAUCAUCGGUACGCUCGAUCUCAUCGCAAACAACAUGAAAGCCAAGGAACAAGCGCGUCUCGCCAUAUGGUUGUCAAGGAUUCGUCACGAGUACGUACACAAGCAAGUGCACCGCCUGGUUCCAGAUACGGGCCAGUGGCUGCUUAGAAAAAAGGAGUACAUUGAAUGGCGCGAUUCGAGUUGUUCUUCCACCCUGUGGCUCCACGGCGUACCUGGCUGCGGCAAAAGCAAGCUCUCGUCUUUAGUAGUGCAGCAGCACCGCGAUCGUGUUUCUUGCAAUGCGAACGCUGCACCGGUGGCUUUCUGUUACUGCUCCAGGUCGGGCAUCGACGGAAGUCCACCUACUCCUCCCAUAAUCAUGGGCUCCAUUUUGAAGCAGUUGGCCUUUUUUGGGCCGGAACGAGGCGUCUAUCACUCAGUGCGGGAUGAGUUUUGCCGCCGAGUGAAUGACGCACAAGGACUGGAGCCGAUCCCCCUGUCUCUGGACGAUUGCCAGGAGCUUAUUAUCUUGAUCACGGCCGAUUACCCGGUAACAAUCAUCGUCGACGGGUUGGACGAGGCCCAGGGAGAAAUUCGUGAUCUCCUCGACACUCUCCAGCGCAUCAUGGAGGAAUCACAAAACAUCGUGAAACUUUUUGUUUCAAGUCGUGCGGAGACGCCGGUUGACAUUCAUUUACAGCAGAGUUUCAAAUCGAUCCAAGUCACGUCCGCUGACAUUGCUCAAGAUAUCUCUACCUUUGUCAAGGACAAGGUCAACGCAGCCGUGCGGUACAAAAGGCUGCUCGGGGGACAACAACUCUGUGGUCCAGAAUUCGCGCUCAAAGCCGAUGUAGACGAGGAGCUUGAGACGUUACGUGCGCCGACUUCUAUCAUGAACAUCUUGGAGGAGAUGUAUCAGCGCGUGUAG